AUGACUCACCCGUACGAAAAAUACAUGCAUAUGAAGCAGUUGAAGAAACACUACGACAUGCUAAGGUUCAUUGCCGAUGCCCAGUAUGGUAUUCCACCCAAUGCUAAUGUGGGGGAGAAAUCGUGUAGGAUGCUUCUCCAAAUCCAAAGUAUCCAUCAGAUUUCAAUACCUUACUUGGGAGAAGGUACUUCACCUGAAAGUCCUACAAGGACGAUGCGAUGCAGUUUCGUAAGCCAUGGGUUUUUGGUGUUGAGGAAUAAAUUGGGCGCUUAA